CCUUUGACCUUAUUGACCUCACGGCAAGCCGAGGCAUGCCUCCGUGUUUUCAUCGUAUAAUUUGACGUUUAUACCUGAAACUGCGACAUAUACUUCUAUUUCACGGUAUUUCCAUGUUUGCGAUACUUGACAGAAGACGUUUAUGCAUUUUGUGCCAGAUAUGAUAGAAAACGGCAUCAUCAGCAGCAUUUGUUUCUGACGGUUCCUCACGGGAACGCCCCCCUCCCCAUUAGCUGGCUGCCUUUCGCAUGACAACAUUCUACUACGAAUUAACUAAUGACAUGACACUGAUUUUAGCGGAAAGAGACGAUGUUAUUUUGAAAAAUGUCCACUGAGGAUUGUCAGGCGGAUCAGGAGACAGAAGAUACAAAAUUUGAGGAGGAUUCUGAAAGAGUGUGGUGUGUGGGUGACCGGUGUCAGGCUCCCUGCUCCUACGAUGACGGGUAUUACGACGCCAUCAUUCGGUCCAUUCAGACAACUCCAGCUAAAACGCCUCGAGUCACCGUGAAGUUCUGUGGGUUUGACUCAGAUGAGAACGAGGAUGUACCUGUGGCAGAGCUUAAGAAGUUAUCCAGGAGGGAGAAACCUCAAGCGUGUACUCCUGAGAGAAAUGUGGAAGGUCCCGCUGGUGACGUCAGCAUGUUCAGCCCUUUACAGGGAGAUGAAGCCAGGAAACAUCUGGGUGCCAAGUUUGCCAAGUUUGAAGACUCAGAUGAAGAGAUGACUUCCCCUCCACUGUGGCCUGUCGCCACACAGAAGUACAAACCUCUAAAACUCGGAAACAGGAAGAGAAGCAAACCUGCAGUACCGGGAUCAUCUGGCAGGGGGCAGGACAGGAGUCCCUGUCUCUCCUCAUCAAGCUCGUCUCACCUUUCCAGCCCCAGAGAGAACAGGGAAGAAGGAGACAGUACCAAGACUGGUGAUCACAGCUUCUGGAUAGAAGUAUGA